CAUUCUUGUCAACUGUCAUUCUCUUGUGUAAAUUCGGGGAUGGAAGUGCCGUUCCCAAAGGACACCCGCAUACCGUCGUUUGUCUGCCAGCCCUUUCUGUCAAAUCAGGGAUGGGAAAAGCCUGCAUGCAUAUGUGUGUAUGAGGUACAGAUAUGCUCCGAGGGAAGCACUCCAGGUGUUGCGUUUGCACUUCUGAGCACUGAAACGUUGGAAAAUAGUGUCAGAGGCGAAGACGUACAAUGUAUCUGGAGUUUGAAGAUCUCACGAUCUUCAGAUGUUGGAGUUGGCGGCAACUCAACUCAGUCACUCGUGCACGUGCACGUCCGUACAACUACUGUCUUCAAAGUUCCCAUCGAACUCGACAGCCAAUACGUGAAAACAGGAAAGCACUGGUUCAGGCAAACGCCAACCAGCCGUCCACCGGGACCACCAACAACCAGUAGGCUCCCAAGACGAAGCCGGAAACGAAGGAUCAGGAGGAGACGAUGCACGUGAUGGCCGAGCGCUUCGAGGGUUAUAUGGGCCGGGGUGAUCUUGACUUCACCGAGGAGUUCAGGAGCAAACCGCAAUGCCGCGAGGCACUCGAGGACGUUGGUCUAAACAUCAUCGAUUUCCUGGACGCCGUGGAGCAUGGGAACUCAGUCCCACCACUUUUCGUCGGAGGGAGAGUUAUCACGGUAUACGCGGAUAACUGGCAAAGUCUACCCGAAGAGGGACGUCAAGA